AAAAUAAAAAUUCUCUCUUUCUCUCACUUUUCUCUCUCUUAAAUCCUUCUGAACUCUGAGUGAAGUUCAUUUCUUUCUGUUUCCAGAGGCUUCAUUUUCUCUAUUUGGUGGAGACCCAGAUUGCAUGCGGCAAGAAUUGGUUGGGGAUAGGAGAAAGUUAUUUAUGGCCCCAGCAAAGAAAUCUAAAAGCAUCAACAAACGAUAUUCAAGUCUACAGGAAGUCUCUCCUGAUAAAGAUGCUGACAUUCCAAGUAAACAACGAAAGAAAUUAUCUGACAAGUUAGGGUCUCAAUGGAGCAAAGUUGAAUUGGAGCAUUUUUAUGAAGCCUAUAGAAAAUAUGGGAAAGAUUGGAAAAAGGUGGCGUCUUUAUUGCAUAACAGAUCGAUUGAAAUGGUGGAGGCCCUUUACAAUAUAAACCGGGCAUAUUUAUCCCUGCCAGAGGGAACAGCUUCUGUGGUUGGCCUUAUAGCGAUGAUGACAGAUCACUAUAAUGUCCUGAAGGGAAGUGAUAGUGAAAGAGAGAGCAAUGGUGCUUCUGAAAUACCUCGGAGUGCUCAAAGCCGCAAGCGGCCAAGGGUUGAGCUUAGUUCCCCUAAAGAAGAUAGCUGUCACCCUACGUCAAUAGCAUCAAGUGAGAGAUAUCUAUCAUUAUUAAAAAUGGCAGGCCUUAAUGGUACUCAUCCUCGUGCACUGAGGAAAAGGACUCCUCGGGUCCCUGUUUCAAAUUCCCACAAGAGAGAUGCUAUUCAGAAUUACACUCCACUGAGCAAAAGGGGCCAAAAGUCAGAGGUUGAUGCUAAUGAUGAUGUAGUUGCUGCAUUGGCAUUAACAGAGGCUUUGCAAAGGGGAGGCUCUCCUGUCAUUCCUCAGAUGCUAAGAACUAACCAAAUUAAACCCUCACCUGUUCGAAGCUGGGAUGGGAUGUUUCCACAAUCAGAGACAUGCAAAGCCAAGCAUGGUGAUGCUUUCUCUGAAGACUGGAAGGAAGGUAGCAUAGGUGGUAAGGAACAUGGUGAUGUGAUUUGUGGCAGAGAUAAAUCCUCAUUGCUAGAUAUGGAAGGUGUAGGUACUGUAGAAGUUCAUAGAAAGGCAAAAAAGUUUUACAGGAAGAAGAUGAAAGUUGAAGAGAUGAGGAACAAUUUAUCUGAUGAUGGUGGAGAAGCAUGUAGUGGCACUGAAGAAGGGCCUAAAGGCAGUGCUCGAAAAGGUGAAGUUGAUAUCGAGGUCUCCAGUACAAAAGUUGAGCAAUUUUUGCCACGUAGUCGGAGGAAGAGAAGCAAGAAACUUUUCUUUGGAGAUGAAACCCCCGCCUUAGAUGCACUGAAUACUUUAGCAAAUUUGUCAACCUUAAUGUUGCCAACUUCUACAAUGGAAUCGGAAUCAUCUGCUCAAUGUAAGGAGGAAGGAACUGCACUUGAAACAGAUGAGAAAUCAAGUGCACCCAAAGCUGGCUCUAUGGGCCAGCAUAGACAUAAAAGUAAUUCCCUAGGGUUGAGAGAAAAAUCAGUUAAAGUGAUAAACAAAGUUGAAGAUGCUUCCUACAGAAAGUCAAAACUCAGGAGGUCCUCAACAACCAAUAAAAAAGCUCUCUCUAAAAUAACACAGCAACCUGAACCUACCAAUAGUACAUGGAAGAGAAAAAGAAAAUCAUCCAUAUCAAAGGUACCGAAUGCAGACGCUUCAGUGGACUCUCACUCUAGUAAAUCUAUGGAGAGUAAGGACAAAACUGUAGAGGAGAAUAAAUAUAUAUCUAAAGGUAAAACCAAUUUUCGAGUUCCUGCUCAAUCAAAACAAUGGAAAUCAGUCAGAUUGUCAGAAGCUUCCCCUACUAAUGGCAUUGGGAAGAAGUCUGGAAUUAAUUUAGCAUUAUCAACUGCAGAAGUUCCUCUAAGGUUACCAACAAAGCAUCAGAAUAGACGUAAGAUGAACUUAAAGAGUGUUUUGGUCUCAAAGGAGGUCAGGUCUUCUGAGAACAUAUUGAAAAAUCAACCAAAGAAACAGUCUCUCUUGCAACAAGAAAAAUCACCUUCUCUAGUGAGAAGGCUUUCUCCUUGCCUGUCAUCCAAGAUAGCUAGGAGAUGGUGUAGUUUUGAGUGGUUUUAUAGUGCAAUUGACUAUCCUUGGUUUGCGAAGAGGGAAUUUGUUGAGUACUUAAAUCAUGUGGGACUGGGGCACAUUCCAAGGCUUACUCGUGUUGAAUGGGGUGUCAUAAGAAGUUCCCUUGGCAAACCCCGGAGGUUUUCUGAACGCUUUUUAUAUGAGGAAAGGGAGAAACUUAAACAGUACAGAGAAUCUGUCAGAAAGCAUUAUGCAGAGCUACGCACUGGUGUCAGGGACGGACUUCCAACGGACCUGGCACGCCCUUUAUCAGUCGGACAAAGGGUGAUUGCAAUUCAUCCCAAAACAAGGGAAGUUCAUGAUGGGCAAGUGCUUACAGUUGAUCAUGAUAGAUGCCGGAUUCAGUUUGACGACCCUGAAAUAGGAGUUAAAUUUGUCUUGGAUGUUGACUGUAUGCCAUUAAAUCCAUUGGAUAACAUGCCAGAAGCUCUUAGGAGACAGAACUUUGCUAUCGAUAAGUACUCUUUGAUCUCUAAUGAGUACCAAAUUAAUGGACAUUCAAGACUUCUUGGGUCCAUCUUUUCUGCUUCAAAUGCGCAUCUGGAGAAUGCUACCAGCCCCUUUAAUUUUAGAGUAAAGCAAGCUAAGCUGGAUAUGAAACGUAAUAUUUUUCAAGCAAAGCCGGCCGCAUCUGAAAUGGCAAAUCAAGAAUCCUACAGCCAACCUCUUACCAUGGCACAUAUCCAAGGAAGGGAUGCUGAUAUAAAAGCUAUGUCAGAGCUUAACUGUGCCCUUUAUAAAAAGGAAGCGUUAUUGAUGGAGCUCAGAAAUACAAACAACGACAUAAGGGAAAACCAUAAUGAUCUACAAAGCGCUUGGAAAGACUCUGAACAUUUCAAGAAGCAUGUUGCCAUGGUACUUGUACAGCUAAAGGAAGCCAAUGACCAGGCUUCCUCUGCUUUACUUCAUCUAAGGCAACGAAACACUUACCCAGCAAACUCACUGCCUCCAUGGCUUAAACGUCCGGAUGGUUGCAGUUUCUCAAAUGGGUUGAUAAGACCUGUUGAUUCUCUUGUCCCACAAGAGUUAGGAUCUGGUGUUAUUGAAAUUGUCAAAGGCUCAAGACUAAAAGCAGAAUCAAUGGUGGAUGCAGCUAUCAAGGCAAUGUCCUCUGUGAAGGAGGGGGAAGAUCCAUAUGUGAGGAUUGGAGAAGCCUUGGACUGUGUGGAUAAACAGCAAUUGACGUCAGACACUAGGGUGCCAGUUGUUGAGUCUCCAGAACGGGUUAACAGCAUUCAACAUCAACAAAAUCACAGUUCAUUGAUUUCCCACAUGUCAGAGUCAACACUUGCUGGUGCAUCUGAUCCCAAAUUGCAGGAGGAUUCAGACAAAAGUGAGGCGCAAAUUCCUUCAGAGCUCAUCACAUCAUGUGUUGCUACUUUGCUUAUGAUACAGACAUGUACAGAACGACAAUACCCUCCAACAGAUGUGGCUCAAAUAAUCGAUUCUGCUGUUACAAGCUUGCACCCAUGCUGUCCUCAGAACCUGCCUGUCUACAGAGAGAUACAAAUGUGCAUGGGCAGAAUAAAGACUCAGCUAUUAGCUCUAAUACCAACUUGAAUCUGUUGCCUCUCGGUUCUUCCCCCUCUCACCGGCUGCAUGUACAUAUGAUACCAGAAUCUUGGUUCCACGGCGUCACUGCUAACUCCGACUACCCCCUCACUACAGCUUGUCCUUGGGCCACCAGUAAAUGAAUAGAUAGCUCAUUUUUAUAGAGGUUUUGUUGAGUCACUUGUACUUAAAUCUUCUCCCUUUAACUACACUUGGUAAUAAUUUCUCUUUACUGUCCAUUAAUAAAUAAGAAUGACUUCAAGAUGUCAUUCAAAUUUUUUACGAACGUUUUUUUCCUCAACUCAAACGCACUAGCUGACAAUUAUUUCU